AUGGGUCUCCCUUCUUACUCAGAGUCAACCACCACAAAAACCUCUGAAACCCCACAAGAACAAACCAACACCACUGGCGUUGCUACCGGUGCUGGUGCGAAUACUGGCGCUGGCGUGACAAGGCCUAAGACCGAGGAGGAAUUGGAGGCUGAUCGACUCUAUGAGGAGGCUAUGGAGGAGGAGUACGCUAAGCGAGAUGGAGGCUCUUAA